AUGAAUGGUCAGCUCCAAGGUAGCUUUAAGGGUGGUAAAGGGCUUUGUCAAGGUGACCCCAUCUCUCCCAUACUCUUUGUUCUAGUCAUGGAAUAUCUUACGCGAGCAUUUCAUGGGGCUGCGAAGGACAAGAAAUUCAGGUUCCAUCCGUUAUGUAAAUCAUUGAAUAUUACUAAUCUUUGCUUUGUGGACGAUUUACUUCUUGUUUGUAAAGCUCAUGCUAGUUCUAUUCAGAUUAUUCAACAGACUUUUGGUUCCUUCUCAGCUGCUUCUGGUCUGUACAUCAAUAAUUCCAAGUCCUGCAUAUUUUUUUGGGGUAUCUCUAGUACUGAGAAGGCAUAUCUGCUGAGUCUUUCUAAGAUGACAGAAGGGAGUUUUCCUUUAGUUUAUCUUGGCAUGCCUUUGAGACCUACAAAAUGGAAAUCUAUGGACUGUGAUCUCAUUAUUUCAAAAAUUAGGCAAAGAUUACAUGGUUGGGCUAGUCGUAACUUGUCUUAUGCUGGUCGUGUGCAACUUAUUCAGUCGGUCUUAAUGGGGAUAAGGAAUUAUUGGAUGAGCAUCUUUCUUCUUCCUCAAAAGGUCAUCAAGGAAAUUGACUGUCUCUGCUUUAAAGAGGGAUCUCUCUGGAAUAAAAUCAAUCUUGCUAGAUUCAUUUGGGCUGUCUCUUCUAAGCAGGACAUCCUUUGGGUUAAAUGGGUUAACUGUAUCUAUUUAAAAGGGGUCCAGAUUUGGGAUUAUGUGUUACAUAAAGAUGCUAGCUGGUACUGGAAAAAGUUGAUUAAGAUGAGUAAAUCUUUGUCUAACUCGAUCUUGAAUGAAGCUAUCAUACAAGGGAAAUUCCAGCUGAGCAAACUGUACUUAAUGUCUAUUCCUGGUACUCCUAUUAAUAGUAUGAAGGCUGUUUGGUGCAAACUUUCAGUGCCCAAACAUAGGUUCAUUCUUUGGCAGGUUAUUAACCAGAAGCUUCCCACUAGGGACUUAUUGCAGCAAUGUCACAUACCUAUUCUCUCUCUGUACUAUCCGGUCUGUGAGGUUGAGCUGGAAUGCCACUCUCAUCUAUAA